CGACCAUGUCGGGCAAGGCGCCGGCCAUCGGCAUCGACCUGGGCACCACCUACUCCUGCGUGGGGGUCUUCCAGCACGGCAAGGUGGAGAUCAUCGCCAACGACCAGGGCAACCGCACCACCCCCAGCUACGUGGCCUUCACCGACACCGAGCGCCUCAUCGGCGACGCCGCCAAGAACCAGGUGGCCAUGAACCCCAACAACACCAUCUUCGACGCCAAGCGCCUCAUCGGGCGCAAGUUCGACGACGCCACCGUCCAGGCGGACAUGAAGCACUGGCCCUUCCGCGUGGUCAGCGAGGGGGGCAAGCCCAAGGUGCAGGUGGAGUACAAGGGCGAGGUGAAGACCUUCUUCCCCGAGGAGAUCUCCUCCAUGGUCCUCACCAAGAUGAAGGAGAUCGCCGAGGCCUACCUGGGCCGCAAGGUGCAGAGCGCCGUCAUCACCGUGCCCGCCUACUUCAACGACUCCCAGCGCCAGGCCACCAAGGACGCCGGCACCAUCACUGGCCUCAACGUCCUGCGCAUCAUCAAUGAGCCCACGGCGGCCGCCAUCGCCUACGGCCUGGACAAGAAGGGCAGUGGGGCCGGGGAGAAGAACGUCCUGAUCUUCGACCUGGGCGGCGGCACCUUUGACGUCUCCAUCCUGACCAUUGAGGACGGCAUCUUCGAGGUGAAGUCGACGGCCGGGGACACCCACCUGGGGGGCGAGGACUUCGACAACCGGAUGGUGAGCCACUUUGUGGAGGAGUUCAAGCGCAAGCACAAGCGGGACAUCGCCGGCAACAAGCGGGCCGUCCGGCGGCUGCGCACGGCCUGCGAGAGGGCCAAGCGCACCCUCAGCUCCUCCAGCCAGGCCUCCAUCGAGAUCGACUCGCUCUUUGACGGGAUCGACUUCUACACCUCCAUCACCCGGGCUCGCUUUGAGGAGCUCAACGCCGACCUCUUCCGUGGCACUCUGGAGCCCGUGGAGAAGGCCCUGCGAGAUGCCAAGCUGGACAAAGGGCAGAUCAAUGAGAUCGUGCUGGUGGGAGGCUCCACCCGCAUCCCCAAGAUCCAGAAGCUGCUGCAGGACUUUUUUAACGGCAAGGAGCUCAACAAGAGCAUCAACCCCGAUGAAGCCGUGGCCUACGGGGCUGCCGUGCAGGCCGCCAUCCUGAUUGGCGACAAGUCGGAGAACGUGCAGGACCUCCUGCUGCUGGACGUGGCGCCUCUGUCUCUGGGCAUCGAGACGGCGGGCGGGGUGAUGACGGCGUUGAUCAAGCGCAACACCACCAUCCCCACCAAGCAGACGCAGACCUUCACCACCUAUUCAGACAGCCAGAGCAGUGUGCUGGUGCAGGUGUACGAGGGCGAGCGGGCCAUGACCAAGGACAACAACCUGCUGGGCAAGUUUGACCUGACGGGGAUCCCGCCGGCCCCUCGCGGCGUGCCCCAGAUCGAGGUCACAUUCGACAUCGACGCCAACGGCAUCCUCAAUGUCACGGCCGUGGACAAGAGCACCGGCAAAGAGAACAAGAUCACCAUCACCAAUGACAAGGGCCGCCUCAGCAAAGACGACAUCGAGCGCAUGGUGCAUGAAGCGGAGCACUACAAGUCCGAGGACGAGGCCAACCGGGAGCGGGUGGUGUCCAAGAACGCCCUCGAAUCCUACGUUUACAACAUCAAGCAGACGGUGGAGGACGAGAAGCUGAAAGGCAAGAUUGCGGACCAGGACAAGCAGAAGGUCCUAGAGAAGUGCCAAGAAGUCAUCAGCUGGCUGGAUCGCAACCAGAUGGCGGAGAAGGAGGAGUUUGAGCACAAGCAAAAGGAACUGGAGAGGCUCUGCAACCCCAUUGUUACCAAAUUAUACCAGGGGGCCGGAGCUGCUGGGGCCCCAGGCGGUGGCCCCACCAUUGAAGAAGUGGACUAACUAUCUUUGGACUGGACUAUGGGAGCAAUUUCAGCCUGCUCUUCUGUUGCCUCCGUUCAGUCAGUGCCAUUAC